AUGGCCUCUGUGCCAACCAAGAGGAAGAAGGACACCAGAACCAAGAGGCGAGGAAUUAGCCAACGCCAGGCUGGGUUCUUAUCAGCUGACAGAGGUGAAUCUUCCGAAGGGGUGGCACCACUCUCCAAGUCUAAUGAGAACAGAGCCAAGUCUAAUGAGAACAGAGCCCAGGGUAAGGCAUGCCCUGAAGAAAAACAGCCAGAAGAAGUACCAAAAGUACCAAGGGGACCAGGACCAUAUUUUUACAUCAGUGGAUCCAAUGGGGCUGAUCUUGUGAGCAUCUACUGCAGGAGCAGGGGCUGGCAGCGUAUCUAUGACAACAGCAGAGAGGAUUAUGCACUGAAAUGGUGUGGAAUCAAGUGCCAAGAGACCUAUUACCAUUUCAAAGAAGGUGAACAGCUUCUCUACCAGAUCCCCAACAACAGAAUCCUCACCAGUAAGAUAGGGCUUUUGUGCUGCCUGAGGGAGCAACAGCAGAUGAUGAAAAGGAUCCGUGGGAGCUCAAAUCCCAAGUUACUGAAGAUAGAGGAAUUCUUCCCAGAUUCCUUUCGCCUGGACUUGAAGGAUGAGAGAAAAGCCUUUUUUGAGCUUUGCACAGAGGAACAGAUUUGGAUCUGCAAACCAAGCUGCUCUAACCAAGGGAGAGGAAUCUUCCUGCUGAAAAACCCAGCUGCUGUCAGCACCCUCCAAGCUGAGCUCCACAGCACUGAGGAAUACCUGCUCAACAAGAGGGGACCAUACAAAGCUCCCCCAGCAAGAAUAGUGCAAAGGUACAUCCACCAGCCCCUGCUCCUGGGAGGGAGGAAGUUUGAUGUCCGUUCCUAUCUCCUCAUUGCCUGCACAGCCCCCUAUGUGGUGUUUUUUGCCCAGGGUUAUGUCAGGUUGACCUGUGCCAAUUAUGAUGCUGCUUCUGAUGAUCUGACUGUUCAUCUGACCAAUCAGUACAUGCAGAAGAAGAACUCCCUGUACAGCCAGGUGAAAGAGGAGACAGUUUGGGGCAUGGAGCACUUCAACAGCUACGUGAAUGAGAAGCUCAGAGAAGCCAAUGGCCUCCCCAAAGACUGGGCUUUAACUGUGUUUACUCAAAGGAUGCAGCAGAUCAUGUUGCAGUGCUUCCUGGCAGCCAAGCACAAACUGGACUGCAAACUGGGCUACUUCGACCUCAUGGGCUGUGACUUUCUAAUUGAUGAGAACUUUAAGGUCUGGCUUCUGGAGAUGAAUUCAAACCCAGCACUUCAUACCAACUGCAAAGUCUUGAGAGACAUCAUCCCAACUGUAGUCUACGAGAGUCUUGAUUUGGUUCUGGAGGUUUUCAACAAGAGCCUCAAAGGCCAGAGUGUUCUGCCUUUGAGGUCACUUCACCGUUUUGUGCUUCUCUAUCAUGAGGAUGCUGCAAACCCUGGGCAGAAACAACCCUCAAAGCUCAGCACUGGCUUGUGUAGAGGCAGAUAUCUGCAGCCACACACAGGCACGACCAGCCACUUUGCUCAGAGCCCUGCCAAAGUGCUGGUGAACUCUUCCAAGAAGCCUGAUGGCUCUAGAAAAAAGGUUGUGUCGUUGUCCAGAAAGAAUUGCUAG